GUCACUGCUAUACUCCACAACACACCAGUCCCCCCAGUCACCAGCUGCUUUCACACCGGCCCUAGUUCACUAGCGAUGGAGCACUUCAACAAAGCCCUAACCGCAUUGUUCUCCAUGGUGCUGUUGGCUCCCCUCCUCAUGGCCACCGACCCCGACCCUCUUCAGGACUUCUGCGUCGCCGACCUCAGCGGCACGCCGUCGGUGAACGGCCACCCGUGCCUGCCGCCCUCGUCCGCCGGCGACGAGUUCCUCUUCUCGACCAGGAUCGCCAGCGGGGGCGACCCGCUGGCGAACCCAAACGGCUCCAACGUGACGGAGCUCGACGUGUCGGAGUGGCCCGGCGUGAACACGCUCGGCGUGUCCAUGAACCGCGUCGACUUCGCGCCCGGCGGCACCAACCCGCCGCACAUCCACCCGCGCGCCACCGAGGUCGGGCUGGUGACCCACGGCGAGCUCCUCGUGGGCAUCAUCGGCAGCCUCGACUCCGGGAACCGGUACUACUCCAAGGUGGUCCGCGCCGGCGAGACCUUCGUCAUCCCGCGCGGCCUCAUGCACUUCCAGUUCAACGUCGGCAAGGAGGCGGCCGCCAUGGUGGUGUCGUUCAACAGCCAGAACCCCGGCAUCAUCUUCGUGCCGCUGACGCUGUUCGGGUCUUCCCCGCCGAUUCCGACGCCGGUGCUCGUCAAGGCGCUCCGGGUGGAUGCUGAGGUCGUCGAUCUCCUCAAGUCCAAGUUCACCGGUGGGUACUGAGAGCCGGCUGGUCUCAUUCCCAUCAUGGCUUGGCGGAUUUAUCCGUAGGCAAUUGAUGCCCGUUGGAUCAACAACAAUUUGAAAUAAUCACAGCUAUAAAUAAUGCCGAUGCCAGAAGUCAGAAAUUAUGCUUUGGUUAAGAAGUCGUGAUAAUAAGCAGUAAGUUAGAUUGCCUCGAGGUUCACUACCUAGUCGGGGAAUCAAAAUGUAUUUGCUCAUUUUUCAUGUGUAUUGUGAAUGAAACUAUAUAUAUAUAUAUAUAUAUAUA